AUACCAGUCUUCCCGUAUUCAGGUAGACAGGAAAUAUGUCUAAAAUUGCUGCGCGUAGGUGUUGCAAAAAUGGCCGCAGAGUGCGAGGACUUCCCUCACAGGGACUUUGGCAAAGUGUCCCGCCUUCUCAAGGCAGGUAAUGCAAAUCACUCAGCACACAGUGAUAUUGACACACCUUUUAAAUAAGCAGUAGAAGACUGUCAGCUAUUCAUCGGGCCAAUAAGUUAAGUGCUUGUUAUCAUACGAGUCUAAACGCGCGCGUCGCCUCUUUGCCAAGUUAAAGAUCAGACAACAACAUGGUGAGCAGUCGGGUAGGGGCCAACACACGUGAAAUAAAGCAAUACGUGAAAGAAUCGCGUAACUAUUCGUGCGACAGUUCACCGUUGCCCGGAGCUCCUGCUUAUGAAAGUGGACCUAAUCUACCCGUAUCAGCACAUAGCCCUCCAGACCUGCAACAUGAUUGUGACGAUCAAAACGCCUGCACAGCUGAAGCGCCUAUUAAAACAGGACGAAAGAAAAAGCUAAUUUCAGAAAGAAAAUACCUUGGUGUCAGAGUGAAAAUGCCAGUGCGUGACAUGCUCCGAGAAAUACGAAUAGCCCAGGGUGUUGACCCCAAAGAUCAGGGGAAACUGUCAAAGGGCUCCAAAGGUGAUCGGAAACGAGUGAACACCAGUGUAAAUCGCAAGAAUCACCUGAAAAAAAUGCAAACAAAGAGUUUGGAGGAGCUUGCGAUUAUAGUCGAAGUGUUGGAAGAGGAUCUAAAGGCCUGUCAAUCAUACAAGUCGUCAAACAAAAGGCUUUCAAGUUUAUACUACUCGGAGUAUAAAGAGAAGUUAUGGGGUGAAGAUUCAUCUGAGCAGGGUUUCAUGACCAUGUUUGACCAAGACAGUGAUUUGCCAUUGUCUCCAAGCCACUGUGUACCUCCAGAGAGCUCGCCUGUUCAUUCUACAUCCAGCUAUUCCCCUUCCCCUGCUUACAAUCAGUGUACCCAUGUUUUCUUUGAGAACCAAGAAGAAUAUGGCAAUUACGAGGCAGAUGACAAUAGGUAUAGUGAUCAAUGUGGCUUGACCUCCCCUCUUGCCAAUUCGCACGAACACCAGGUUCCUUCCCCCGAAAAAUCAUUCUGUGUCAGUCGCAGCCCAGGCGGUCAGGAGGUUACCCCUGAAAAGAUGAACUUUCCACCAUUGCCCAGUUCUCCGCAGGAGGAGUGGAGCAUUAUGACCUUUUUCUGGACACAAAUGGAAAGAGAGGAGAAUCUGUUGAAGGAAAUAUCUGAUCGAGAGCUUCUUGCUGUGGAUGAAAAUGGGAGAAUCUUGUUACACAGAGCGGUUGAGGAGGGAAAAAGAGCCCUCGUAUAUGUUAUUGCCAGACGAAUGGCAGCUCUGAAGAAACUGGAUAUGAGAGAUUUGGAGGGAAAGACCCCCAUUCAUCUCGCAGCACAGAGAAAUCAACACUUCAUUGUGUCUGAUUUAGUGUCACUUGGCGCGAGUAUUAAUGAAAAAGACAAUUAUGGGAAAACCUGUCUUCAUCUCAGUGCCGAGAAUGGAUACGUUAGAGUCCUGGAGGUCCUGAAAGGUUUCAUGAGAAACGGUAUCUAUAUAAAUUUGGAGGAAAGAGAUGCAAACGGACUUAGUGCGCUGCAGUGUGCAGCAGUAGCACUUAACAGCACGGUACGAGAACUGAAACUGUGCGAGUCUGCAGGUCAGGUCAGGCUACAAACGCUUCGCCAAGAACAGAUGAUGGAAACACUCGAGUGUCUCCUGCAAAUGGAGUACUACUUGCACGCUUUGGAUCAAGUUCGUCUCAAUAAGAUCAAAAGAGCUGCUGAUUCAAAGUCAUGUGAACCAACCCUGUGUCAGUCACAUGAAUUCAAGGUAUGAGACCAUUAGCAACAUGCCUUAAUGGUUUGGAUACAGGUGCAGCUGCUUUUAGCAGGAAGAGUCGAUUGUCUGCCAAGCAAGGCAGUGCUUUUAACUGACGGUAAAUGUUUUUGAGUUAAUACAAGCUUUAACCUGCCACAAAAAUGAAAUUUGUACGUGCAUAGUAAUGUUGCGGUAAUCUUUUUUAUUUUUUUUUAAUAAGAAAGAUGAGUAAUAUAUUUUAUGGCAUGGUUAGGCUAUGUAUUGUGCAACUGUGUGUUUUGUUCACCGCACAAACACAAUGGUUGCCUAUUAGCUGGUUUCUAUGAAACUUCCACUGUUUGUUACGUUUGAGUAGCAAAACGUCUUAAAAGAUAUCAAUAAUGAGGUUUAUACUGUGAGUCUGUUUAGCCCCACAGUAGUUUUUACUUGCUCUAUGAGUAAGUAGUUUUGAUGUUUUUAACCAUUUGCAGUAGUGCUCAAAAGUGAUGUCUUGGGGGGAUUUGUACAGUAUUCGCUUUUAGUGGCCUGUCAGGUUAAAUUAAACCAUCAAAAUAUGAGGUGUUUUGUACAAAAUAGACAUUAAAUUGACAAAAUUAUUUAAUUUUUGUUAAAAUUAAGUAAUCUGGAUUUUAUUUGAAAUACAAAAAACCUUAGAAAACUAAAAGCUUAUAGGUACUUAAGAAUACAUUGGCUACAAUUUUUAUCUGUUAUUAAUCGUUGUUACCCUGGACCACAAAAUCAAGUCUUAAGUCACAUGGCCAUAAAUUUGUAGCAAUAGGCAACAAUACAUUGUAUGAGUUAAAAUGAUAGAUUUUUCUUUUAUUCCAAAAAUCAGUAUGAUGUUUUGUGAAUUUCCUAUCGUAAAUGUACAAAAACUUUAUUUUUCUUAAGACACAACUGGAUUUUUUUUCAAUAUUUUGAUUAUUUUGUUUUGCACCCUCAGAUUUUUUUUUUUUCAAAUAGUUGUAUCCUAACAAACCAUACUUUAAUGGAAAGCUUAUUUAUUUAACUUUCAGAUGAUGUAUAAAUCUUAAAAAAUUGGCCCUUAUGAAUGGCUUUGUGGUCCAUGGUCACAUUUGUUAAUUCUCUUUAGUGGUAAUAUUUUGUAGUCAUUGUCCUCGGCUAUAUACUUUGAUCAUGUGUUGUGUGUGAUUGCUUUGCGAAGCUUUUUUAAAUUCUCAAAGGUUAGCUUCAGAUUAUUCUCUAAACACACCAAUGUAACAUGCAUAAAAUUUUUUAUGCAUCUUUAUUAAAAUAUUUGAAUAAACAGAGAAGAUCGAUCGUUCAAAGCUCAACAUCACUUUUGGCCACUAACGUAUGUACAUGUACAUAAAUGGUUUUGGUUAUUAUCCUCUUUGCAAAGUUGAAAGUGGAAUAUUUAGAUAUGGAUUUGUAUAUGUCUUGUGUAUGUAAUAUGUUCUUAAAAAAACCCUAAAAGCAUUGAUUUGUAACUCUUUGAAUUCAAGUUAGCUAGUGUUUGGGGUAAAAGAUUUUAAAACAUUUGUAUUGCUAUUACAAAUAUUGGUAUCUGGUUACUGUGGUUUAAUGUGUGCUGUAUUUUGUUUUACCAAGCAUUCACUUUGACGUCAUAAUUGUAGCCCUGAUUUAAUUUGCUUACUCACUUCAUCUCAGGCACAAACCUGUUUGUGUGUAAUGAAUAGCCUAUAAGGUUUUCCACCAACAUAUUGUGUUUUUUUUUGUUUUGUUUUUUGAGUUAUAGUCAUCUACUGUGAUAUUUUUUGUUGGUGUUGGGUGUAUAUUAUUAAAUGAUAUAUAGUAAUAUUAGAUUAUGCAGGGUGAAACAUGAAAGAUUAUUUGUUUUGUUUUUCAAAUGGGAUGUGUUUGCAUGAAUAAGCAGUUAAAAGAAUUCAUAGUAUGUUGGGUGUGUUGGCUGUAUAUUAAUGGAUAGGAAUAUAAAUCUGUUAAGAUUAUGCAGGCAUACACAGAACGAAACACAGUUUUUGGUGAAACGCAGAUUGUCUAAACUUAUCAAAUAGGAUCUGUGUACAUGGAUAAGCAGUUAAAAACAAAUUAGACAUUUAUAGCAGGAUAGCAGUAAUAGUUGUAAGUGGUAAUCUUUAUACAUUUAGUAGAUGCUUUUGUUUACAACAAUUCAUAUAUGCAUGUUCAUUUUUAGUAAAACGACGUAAUAGGGUAUAUAUUGUUUUGCAUUAAUUAUGUAGUACAUAUUAUAUUGUUGAUGUUAAUGUUACAAUGUAUAAGGUAGGAUGAUAAAGUGUAUUGUUGGUGUUAAUGAAGUUUACUUACUCUUAUUAGUUAGCUUAUGAACACCUAUAUCUUUGAUGCGUCACCAGAAUAGUACAUCUUUAAUAUUGUUUCAUUUAGAAUUAAAGCAUUUACCUGUUUUAUGGAGAUAUGGGUUUUAUCUAUAUUCGACAUACAUUUUUAAGUGUAUUAACUUUCCUUUAGACCAUCAUUGACAAAAAACUGUGAAGAAAAUUGUGGUACAUGAACACAUUGUAUAAGGUCACAAAAUGUCACUGAAAAUUGUAUGGGCACAAUGUUUUUAAUUUCAUUUAUUUAAACAAUACAAGGUGUUCUCGACUAUGGCCGUGUGUGGUUAUGAAUCAUCAUGCAUAUAUAUAUAAAGCAGAUUUUUGUAUUAUUGGUAUUGGGAGUUAUUUUUCCAUUACUCUGGAGUUCUCAUAAACUUAAAUUAUGAGUUUUUGCCAUCAGUCAUCUCGUACAGUACAGUACGCAGGUUUGUGCCAGAGGCAUUACAGGGCAGGUUUGUACAGAUGAGAUACCGGGGUAAUUAUUAUGUUGCAUUGUUGUGCUCAUCCUGACCCUGUUCAAAAGAGAGAAAUGUCUUGCUAUUGUAAAGGACACUUGCUGGGAAGAAAAUAAUAAAGCUUUCAUAUUCAA